UCCCGCCCCCCGCCGCCAUUUCCUCGCCGCCUCAGCCGCUCCCGCCGGGAUCCGACCCCCCCCCCAGCACCUUUCCCGGCGGGAAUUCCGCGGGCAUGGAGAAGUACCAGGUGCUGGGCCUGGUCGGGGAAGGCAGCUACGGGGUGGUGACCAAGUGCCGGGACAAGGAGAGCGGGCGGCUGGUCGCCGUCAAGAAGUUCCUGGAGAGCGAGGAGGACGCGGCGGUGAGGAAGGUGGCCCUGAGGGAGGUGAAGCUGCUGAAGCAACUCAGGCAUGAGAACCUGGUGAACCUGCUGGAAGUGUAUAAAAAGAAGAAACGGUGGUACCUGGUGUUUGAAUUUGUGGAUCACACAGUCCUGGAUGACCUGGAGGCAUUUCCAAACGGGCUGGACUGCGGCCGGGUUCGGAAAUACUUAUUUCAGAUUAUCAGAGGAAUAGCAUUUUGUCACAGUCAUAACAUAAUCCAUCGGGAUAUUAAGCCAGAGAACAUACUAGUUUCCCAGUCAGGAGUUGUAAAACUGUGUGACUUUGGAUUUGCCAGGACUUUAGCAGCUUCUGGGGAAGCUUACACAGACUACGUGGCAACCCGAUGGUACAGAGCUCCAGAGCUGCUGGUGGGAGACAUCAAGUAUGGCAAGGCUGUGGACGUGUGGGCUAUUGGCUCUCUGAUAACAGAAAUGCUUACAGGAGAGCCCCUCUUCCCUGGAGAUUCAGACAUCGACCAGCUCUACCAUAUCACCAAGUGCCUGGGUAAUUUAAUUCCAAGACACCAAGAGUUAUUCUAUAAAAAUCCCCUCUUUGCUGGCAUGAGGUUGCCUGAAGUGAAGGAGGCUGAAUCUCUGGACAAAAGAUAUCCCAAGCUCUCUGCUGCAGUGCUGGAUUUAGCCAAGAAAUGUUUGCAGAUUGAUCCAGACAAAAGACCAUCCUGUGCUGAGCUCCUGCAGUGUGACUUCUUCAACAAGGAUGGAUUUGCAGAAAGAUUUACUCAGGAGCUGAAGUUAAAGAUUCAAAAAGAUGCUAGAGAUCACCAAUUUAAAAAAAAGCCAAAAAUCAGCAAAAGGGACAAAGAUGAUAUUUUAGAAGAAAGAAAAAUACUUGGUGUCCAGGAGUUCAGCAUCGACCCGAAGAGCAGGGAUAGGAAGCUCUUAAAGGCCAAGCACUCUAAAGCUGAUGCAGAGAAAGCAGAGAGGUCCUCGAACCUGAGCUCCCUCCUUGACACUGCCAUCAACCCCUUGAAAAUAAGCCCUCACACCAGCCUGAAAGAUUCCAGCAGCAGCUUGGACUACACCAAGAAUGCAGGCAUCGUUAUCCCUCCCAUCAACCAGAACUUUUCUCCCACUACAGCUGGGAUGGGGCCUGUGCCUGGAAACCUUAAUUACAGAGUUGAUGAAAAGAGUAAAAAAUACUUGAACCCAUUCCUGAGGACCCAGAAGAAUUCUCCAGCAGGCCAUUACAGUGUCAGCCUGACAUCGGUCACUAAUGAAAAAAACAUCCUUGAGGCAAACAGGAAAAGAUGGGAAUUCUCCAAGACAGACGUGCGUUUGCCAGAGCUGAAUCACCUCCCUGAGCUGAGAGGAGUGGAAGCCUGGCAUCCCAGAUUCCUGAAGAAGGAGAAUAAAACAGCUUCAGAGUCCCGUGUCCCCUCCCUUGCUGCUAUUGACCUCCAUAACCCAAGUCUGGCCUCACAGCAGCUGUCGGGGACCUUAAUGCCUGAUCCAUCAGAAUCCAGCUUCCCCAGAGUGGAGCACUAGUCUUAUGGAGAAGAUCACACCUGUCUGCAAAAGGUGGCUGAAACAGAGGGAACAAUCCUCCUGAGCUUCCAGGUGCUAAAGCUGCAAGGUCCCUGCAGGAGGGAGGAGGAUCCCUCCCUCUCCAGUUAGCACAGUGAACUGCCAUGGGAAGUGGCUGAGGUCCAGCCCGAGGACAGAGCUCCUGCUGCCACUGCUGCUGGAUUUCUUGCAUGCAAAACUGCUCCUGAAAUGGUGACGUUGUGGCCCAGGGCCUGGGCUGGUCUGAGGUCACUCAGGGGCAAAAUAGUGGUUCUUGGUGUGUGACAAGGGCAGAAGGUGGUUUGGAGGGUUUUUGAAGGGAGCUGGACUUCCUUUUGUCUAACUGCUGCCCUCGUGAGGCUUUGCUUGCUAAAUGAAUAGUGCAAGAGUAGAUUACCUGCUGAGUUUGCCAAGUUCUGGUGGGCUGCCUGAUCUAGGUUGGAAAGCACCUUUUGCCUUGACAAAAAACGUCGGCGAAGAAAACACCUGUGCAAGCAACACCACGUUUGAAUGUGUCAGUGUCCCCCCAGCUUUUCCUCCUGGCACCCUUGCUCACGCCCAGCAGCACGUGUGAGCUGCUGGUAGGUUCCUGUUCCCUCCCCUGCUUUUCCUCCCUGUCUUUGGGAGGUUGUAGGUAAGUGUUGAAGUGGGCCUGUUACUGGUGAAAGCACCAAGCUGUGGUGCAGGUGGCCUGGCAAGGGGCUUCUGUGAGUGCUCAGCCACCCUCUGAAGUCCUUUAGGUCCCUUUAUGGGAUGGGACAUCUCAGUGUGACCCUCGACAGUGGCUGGUGGAGAGAGGAAAAAGGGCAUUGCUGUCAUCUUGGGACUGUGAGGAGACUGUUUUUGCUUAACUCCCCCUCAAGUUGGGUGCAGGCAGUUCUAUGGUGUCCCAGUGUUGGUCACAACCCUCAUUUCUGACAGCUGGAGGCUGCUGUCACAGCUCACACCCCUCCUCUGAGGGUGGAGUGAACUUUGGCCCUUGUCUUGCCACAAGAGGUGGCCUUUCCCAUGGCUGCCUGGGGCAGGAGUACCCGUGUCAUGGUGUGCAGAGCUUUCUGGCUGGGCAGUGUUGUGAUGUCUACGUUGAAACGUGUAAGUAAAGGGAUCUUCAGAU